AACCAUGGCAAUCAGUUCAGUGCAAGAGUGGAACCCGCCCUAGGUAGUGAUAGAACAUCAAACCUCGUCCGUUUAAAGCUAGCUAGUGAAGAAAGAAGUUUCUCGAGUCAAGAACUAAGGAUCAACAACCUGCAACACUAUGAAUAAGUUUCUGGCUCUCGCGGUUUUCGCCGUUCUGGCAGUUUCCUUAACGCACGCAUCGGGAUACGGCUCAGGAGGUCAAGGUAGCGUUGGUAAAAAUAGUUUCUCAAAACAUGAUGGUGAAGGUGGAGGUCAUGGUCAGCAAGGGUUUAGUCAAGGAGGCGGUCAUGGAGGUGGAUUCGGAGGUGGCCAGGGAGGUGGCCAUGGAGGUGGCCAGGGAAGUGGCUUCGGAGGUGGUCAUGGAGGCAGCCAGGGAGGUGGCUUUGGACAGGGAGGCCACGGCCAACAAGGAUUUGGUGUAGGAGGAGGUCAUGGACAGCAAGGAUUUGGCGGCGGAAGCAGUGGUCAUGGAGGUGGAUUUGGACAAGGGGGCCAUGGACAGCAAGGAUUUGGCCAGGGAGGUGGUUUCGGAGGACAGGGAUCGCACGGUCAAUCUGGAUUCGGAGGUGGUCAUGGCGGUGGCAAACAGGGCUUUGGAUCUGGCGGCCAUGGUUCUAGUGGACAUGGUCACGGUCAUGAGCACGGAUACAAGAAACAUGGAUAUUAAUUUUGAAACUAAAAGUAUAAACGACAUGUGAUUCAAUAAAUGAAAUAAGUCGAAAUACGUUA